AUGUCGCUGGAGUCUGAUGCAUCAGACUACUAUUCUGAUGGCUCAGAUGACUUUGUUCCUUCUCCACCUACAAAGAAGAAGAUCGCGUCCAAAACAUCCAAAUCACCAUUGUCUGAUUCUACUAACAACACGUCUGGUUCUUCCACUCCCUCUACCCAGGUUGGUACUGGUCCUAAAUCCAAUGCUUCUGAAACUUAUCAAAAACUUUCUCAAUUGGAACAUAUUUUAAAGAGACCAGACACAUAUAUUGGUUCUGUGGAAAAAACUAAGAUGGAGAUGUGGUGUUUCGAUGCUGAAUCAGAAUCAAUGAAAUUUAAAGAAGUUACUAUUGUUCCCGGUUUAUACAAGAUCUUUGAUGAAAUUUUGGUUAAUGCUGCUGAUAACAAGAUCAGAGACCCGACUAUGAAGAAUAUACGCGUCAAGAUCGAUCCUGAGAAUAAUGUUAUUCAAGUUAUGAAUGAUGGUAAAGGUAUCCCCGUGGAAAUCCACACCAAAGAAAAUAUGUAUAUUCCUGAAUUAAUUUUUGGUAAUUUAUUAACUUCGUCCAAUUAUAAUGAUGAUGAAAAGAAAGUUACUGGUGGUAGAAAUGGGUAUGGUGCUAAAUUAUGUAACAUUUUCUCUACUGAGUUUGAACUUGAAACCGCUGAUUUAAAUACUGGGAAAUUGUAUAAACAAACUUGGACUAAUAAUAUGGGAAAAGUUUCAAAACCCAAAAUCACUACCUUAAAAACUAAGAAAGAAUAUACCAAGAUUUCUUUCAAGCCUGAUCUUGCCAAAUUUGACAUGGAUAGCUUAGAUGAAGAUAUCUUGGCGGUUCUUAGACGAAGAGUCUACGAUUUGUGUGGUACAGUUAAGAAUUGUAAUAUCUAUCUCAAUGAUAAGAGAUUAUCCAUUUCCAAUUUCAAGAGUUAUAUUGAAAUGUACGUCAAUGCAAUCAAGGAAAGAUCUCCUGAACCCGAAGGUGAAGAGUCGAAAAACUACACCACAAUUGUUCAUGAAGUGUUCAAUGAUAGAUGGGAAAUUGCAUUUGCUGUCAGUGAUGGUAGUUUUAAUCAAGUCAGUUUUGUUAACUCUAUUGCUACCACUUCAGGUGGUACCCACGUGAAAUACGUGUCUGACCAAAUCAUCACUAAAUUAGUUGAAGUCUUAUCUAAAAGAGAAAAAGGUAAGAAGAAACUUAUGAUUAGACCACAAGAAGUUAGAGAUAAUAUGUUUAUUUUCUUAAAUUGUUUGAUUGAAAAUCCUGCAUUUACAUCCCAAACCAAGGAACAGUUAACUACCAAACCAUCUCAAUUUGGAGGUAAGGAUAAGUUUGUUCCUAGUGAUAACUUAAUUAACCGUAUUUUGAAAACUGGUAUUGCUGAUAAGAUUAGGUCAAUAGCUAGAGCUAACGAAGACAAGGCACUUCAAAAAGCCGAUGGUAGUCGUAAGAAUAGAAUAAAGGGUCAAGUCAAUUUAGUUGACGCCAACAAAGCCGGUACUAAAGAUGGUCUUAAAUGUACGCUUAUUCUUACAGAAGGUCUUUCUGCCAUGAACUUGGCAGUUGCUGGUCUUUCCGUGGUUGGUAGAGAUUAUUAUGGAUGUUUCCCACUCCGAGGGAAAUUGUUAAAUGUUAGAGAAGCUUCUGCUGAUCAAAUUGCAAAAAAUGCCGAAAUUAAUGCUUUGAAACAAAUUAUUGGGUUACAACACAAGAAAGUGUAUACUCAAGAAAGUAUCAAGAGUUUAAGAUAUGGACAUAUUAUGAUCAUGACCGAUCAGGAUCAAGAUGGUUCACAUAUCAAAGGGUUAAUUAUCAAUUUCUUGGAAACUUCAUUCCCUGGUUUAUUAGAUAUUCCUGGAUUUUUGCUUGAGUUUAUUACUCCAAUUGUUAAAGUUACUGUCAAGGGUAGAACCAAAAGGGUGAUUUCCUUUUACAACAUGCCUGAAUUUGAACGUUGGAGAGAUACUGAAGGUACUCAAUGCAGAUGGACCCAGAAGUAUUAUAAGGGUUUGGGUACAUCUACCCCAAUUGAAGCUAGAGAAUAUUUCUCUGCUUUGGAUAAGCAUUUGAAACGAUUCCAUGCCUUGCAAGGUGACGAUAAGGAAUGCAUUGAUUUAGCAUUUUCGAAAAAGAAAGCAGAUGAUAGAAAAGAAUGGUUACAGGGUUUCCUUCCAGGUACUCAUCUUGAUCCAGAUUUGAAUGAUAUUCCAAUCUCAGAUUUCAUCAAUAAGGAAUUGAUUUUGUUUUCAAUGUCUGAUAAUGUCAGAUCUAUUCCUUCGGUUCUUGAUGGGUUGAAACCAGGUCAAAGAAAAGUGUUAUUUGGUUGUUACAAAAGAAAACUUCGUAGUGAAAUUAAAGUUGCCCAAUUGGCAGGUUACGUCAGUGAAAACACAGGAUAUCAUCACGGUGAACAGUCCUUAAUUCAAACUAUUAUCGGUCUUGCCCAAAACUUCAUUGGUUCAAAUAAUAUCAAUAUCUUGAAGCCAAAUGGUUCGUUCGGUUCUCGUGCUGCUGGAGGUAAGGAUUACUCUGCUGCGAGAUAUAUUUUCACCGAAAUCAAUGAAAUCACAAGAACUAUUUUCAACCCAUUGGAUGAUCCAUUGUAUACCUAUGUUCAAGACGAUGAACAAACGGUAGAACCUACUUGGUAUUUACCUGUUUUACCUAUGAUUUUAGUCAAUGGUGCUGAAGGUAUUGGUACUGGUUGGUCAACCAACAUCCCAUCAUACAAUCCAAAAGAUAUAGUUGCAAACAUUAGAAGAUUAAUGAAUGGAGAGCCACUUCAAGAAAUGACUCCAUGGUAUAAAGGUUGGGAAGGUGAUAUUGAACCUAUGGGUCCACAAAAGUAUAAGGUUUCCGGUAGAAUUGAACAAGUUGAUAACAAUACCGUUGAAAUUACGGAAAUUCCAGUCAAGACAUGGACAAACAAUGUUAAGGAAUUUUUAUUGGCAGGUUUCGGUAAUGAAAAGACCCAAGCUUGGAUUAAAGAUAUGGAAGAACACCAUACUACGUCAAUUAGAUUUGUUGUCAAAUUGAGUGAUGCCGAAAUGGAAAAAUCUCUUAAAGUGGGAUUAUUAGAAAGAUUUAAAUUAGUAUCUUCGCUCAGUUUGGGUAAUAUGGUGGCUUUUGAUCCUAUGGGAAGAAUUAAAAAGUAUAAUGAUGUGUUGGAAAUUCUUAAGGAUUAUUACUAUGUCAGAUUGGAGUUCUACCAAAAAAGAAAGGAUUAUAUGUCUGAAGAUUUACAAAAUCAGUUGAUGAUGUUGAGUGAACAGGCCAGAUUCAUCAAGAUGAUCAUUGAAAAGAAGUUAUCAGUCGCUAACAAAAAGAAGAAGGAAUUGGUUUCCUUACUUCAACAGCACAAGUUUAUCAAGUUCAGCAGACAAGGUAAGCCAAUCAAAGAAGAACUUUUCUUGAAUGAUGAUGAUAGUAUUGAAGAAGAAGAAGAAAUUGUUGAAGCUUCUGAUGGUGAUAUUUCUGCCUUGAAUCUUAAGCAAGUUGAAACUGACAAGAAUUCAACUGAACAUGUUCCAGAAACUGUUUAUUCUUCAUAUGAAUAUUUGUUAGGUAUGACUAUUUGGUCUUUGACUUAUGAACGUUAUUUGAAAUUGUUAAAACAGCGUGAUAUCAAGGAAGCUGAAUUGAAUGAGUUAUUACUGAAGAGUGCUAAGGAUUUAUGGAAUGAAGAUUUGGAAAGAUUCAUGGUUGAAUUUGAUAAGUUCUUGAUUAGGGAUCAAGAAGAGCGUGAGUCUUUGGCUGCUUCUGGUGAUAAGAAUAAGAAAAAGAGAACCAGAAAAGCUCCAGCUAAAGAACCACCAAAGAAGAAGAUCAAGCUGGAACCAAUAGUGAAACUGGAACCAGUUGUAACUCCAGCAAGUCCAAAGCCAAUUGAGAAGAAAUCCGAUGUAUUGUCAUUCUUCUCUCCUACAAGCUCCUCUUCCAGUUCUAAAUCAAAGGCAGGUUCAAGUAAGAAAAAGCCAGUUACCCUUUUCAGUGAUAGUGAAGAUGAUGAACUCAUUUUCGGUUCUAGUAAUAACUCCACUCCAAAGAAACUGAUAAAGAAAUCGCCACUGUCAGAACCUAAGAAAACCAAGAAAAAGACUCUGAUCAAGGAUGAAUUGGAUGAUUUGAAGAUUGAAGGUAAGUUAAUGGAUACAAUUUCCAGUUCUGGAUCUAGAAGACCUGCUAGAGAAAGAAAAACUACUGCAAAACGCGCCCUUACUCCAGCCUAUGUCAUUGAUAGUGAUGAAGACGAAGAUGAUGACAUUGAGGUCCUUGAUGAUGAGGAUGACGAGGAAUAUGGAGAUGAUUAA